GUCAAAGGCGCCCCGGCGCCGCACACCAACGCAUCCGCCGUCGCCGCAUCCGCACCCACGUACGCCCAUGCACGGCACGACGUCGACACAGACGGCCACUCCCCCGCCCUCAAGGCCCCGCGACGGCCUACGCUCAGCGACCCGACCAGCCUGCUGCCGUCGUCUCCGCCGCAGAUCUACCUCAACCUGCUCAUCCUCGAAGCGAGCCUGCGCAGCCAGUACCUCACACUCCGCGCGCGCCGGCGGCAGAACUCGUUCGUGCUGACGCUGCUCGCGGUAUGGAUCGCCUUCUUCUUCUACCUCCUGUGGCUGCGGCCUAGAGACGACGGCAAGGGCAUCGGCGGCUCGCAGUACUGGCUGGUCGACAUGCUGCAGAAGGUCGGCUUCAUCACCGGCGUCGUCACCACGCUGCUGUUCUGGGCAACCGGCCAGUGGGAGAGAGGCGUGCGCUGGCCGCGUCGCUGGGUCGGCGUUGCCAACCGCGGCCUGAGGGGCAUGAACGCCAAGAUUGUCGUCAUCCGCGGCCCGUGGUGGAGAGAGCUCGUCGAGUGGGCGCGCUUCAUCGUGCCCUUCUCGGGCGGCCUGUGGGGCGGCGAGCAGGGCGGCAGCUCCUACCACUUCAUCAACGUUGCCCAGGAGAAGAGCCACGCCCUCGACGCCCGUGGGGGACGUCCACGCCACAGCAUCAUCGAAGAUGGCAAGGAGUACGCCGAAGAAGACAUUGCGCCUGGUGGUGACUACAUCAAGCUGCUGCUCCUGCCCAAGCCCUUCACACCCGACUUCAGGCAGAACUGGGAAAUGUACCGCACCGAGUACUGGGAGCGCGAGAACGAGCGCCGCGCCGAGCUCAGGAUGCGCGUCGGAGCCCGCCGCCGUGAGAUUGCACGCGAAGAGGGUGGCCGCCUGUGGUGGACAGGCUGGCGGGGGUGGAAGCGCGCGAGAGGCUUCACGGGGCGGGCAGCAGACGUGGAGAAGAGCGGACAUGCCCACGCACACUCCCAGUCCCUCGGCGCUUCCAACUCGCAGCGGAAACGGAGACCUAGCACGCUUCGAGGGAGGGAUGCUUCUGGUUCUCACUCGCGCAAUUCCUCGCGCAGCCUGACCCCUACACCUGAUCUCGCCUCUGCAGAAGGCAGGGAACGGCGGUGGAGUAACAGCAGCACUGCGCCCACAACACGCUCUAGUUCU